ACGCCGGAAGUCCGCGUCAUUGGUCCGCGCGGCUGGGACUCCGGCGUCGAUUCUCCUGGAGCUCAGUGCUGCAGCUCUCCUCUCUCCCUCUCAGUGGGAGCCCAAAGGGAUCGGACCAACCAAGGCCGGGUACCAUGACGACCCUGGAUGACAAGUUGCUGGGGGAGAAGCUGCAGUACUACUACAGCACCAGUGAGGAUGAGGACAGUGACCAUGAAGACAAGGAAGGAGGCGGAGGUCCCCCGGCAAGUGGUUCUGUGCCUCCAGAGGCAGAGAUGGCAGGCGAAUGUAUCUCAGUGAAUACAGGCCCAAAAGGUGUUAUCAAUGACUGGCGUCGCUUCAAGCAGUUGGAGACCGAGCAGAGGGAGGAACAGUGCCGGGAGAUGGAGAGGCUGAUCAAGAAGUUGUCCAUGACUUGCAGGUCCCAUCUAGAUGAAGAGGAGGAGCAACAGAAGCAAAAGGACCUCCAGGAGAAGAUCAGUGGGAAGAUGACUCUGAAGGAGCUUGCUAUGAUGAGCGAGGACCAGGAUGAUCAAGAAUUUCUGCAGCAGUACCGGAAGCAGAGGAUGGAAGAGAUGCGACAGCAAUUUCAUAAGGGGCCCCAGUUCAGGCGGGUUUUUGAGAUCACCAGUGGAGAAGGGUUUUUGGACAUAAUUGAUAAAGAACAGAAGAGCACUCUCAUCCUGGUCCACAUUUACGAGGAUGGCAUUCCAGGCACCGAAGCCAUGAAUGGUUGCAUGAUCUGCCUUGCCACGGAGUACCCAGCUGUCAAAUUUUGCCGGGUGAAGAGCUCAGUUAUUGGGGCCAGCAGUCGGUUCACCAGGAAUGCCCUUCCUGCCCUGCUCAUCUACAAGGGGGGUGAAUUGAUUGGCAAUUUUGUUCGCGUCACUGACCAGCUGGGAGAGGAUUUCUUUGCUGUGGACCUUGAAGCUUUCCUACAGGAGUUUGGAUUACUCCCAGAAAAAGAAGUCUUGGUGCUGACGUCUGUGCGUAACUCUGCCACCUGCCACAGUGAGGAUAGCGAUCUGGAAAUAGAUUGAGCUGAUAAUCUGGCUGCAUAGAUUCCUUGUGGUUAGGCUGGAAGACACAUGUCUGUGUUUAUUUUUGCUCCUUCCUGUAUAUUCUGGCUUUCCAGCUGUUCUUUAUAGUCCCUUUAUUAUGUGGAAAGUCAAGAAAUUCCUGGAUUAAAUCAGAAUGCUGAAUCACCUUGCAGCUAGCAAUACAGUGACAUCAAAUCAUAUAAACAGGAAGCCAGACUUUUGAGCUGUUUACUUAAGAUUCUCUGGCAUUACAUCUCUGUUGUUGUUUCCAGUCAAUAUUUACACAGGCAAUGUCCUACAAAUUGUCUGUUGGUGACCUAGAGGUCUCUGCCAGGUCUGAGAGUAGAAUUCCCUAGUUAGUAUGUUAUGUGCAAUUUAAUCAAUGUAAUCACAUGAUUAUAAAUUAUAUUUACUUGUAAUCAUCCAAAGCAGUUAGAUCCCUUCCCCUGGCCCCCAGAUGCUCUUCUCUACCAGGGUCUUACUCAAAGGUUCCAGACAAAGUAGAGGUGUAGCUCAGUGGCAGAGUACUUGCCUAGUGUGCACAAGGCGCUCUGUUGGAGGCAGAAGAUGCCUGCUACCUGUCAGGACUGGGGACCUUGGCUUCUGGAGUCUGUCCUGCUCAGCAUUGUGGCUACUGGGAGACAGCCUCUUAUUGACCCAACAUUGGAGCUGUGGUGCCGCUGGAAAGCUUGUUCACAUAGGACUUUUCAAUCUUGCUAAUAGCUAUGAUGUCUGUCUUGGUUAUUUAAUAAGUUAACUUUUUAUUUAAUGGAUUUUUAAAAAAACUUUGUUUUUGCAUAUUGGAAAAACAUUCAUAUUCAGUAGGGGGAAAUUGGCCAAAAUGCAGAUGCCAAAAAUAACAAAAUUAGAAUAAUCUCUAAUCCUACCACCUAAACACUUAUUAAUAUUUUGGUAUAUUUUUUACUAAGGUAUUUUCUAUGCAUACAUGUAGAUGUUUUGUUUGUCUUUAAGCAAAGCAUUGGGAUCAUUCUGAACAUACUGUUUUAGAGUAUGGCCAGCUAAUAAUAUAUCAUUUUUUUAUAUUAUUAAAUACUCUUCUAUAGCAUCUAAAAAUAGCCAUGUAUUUCAUUGCAUAGACAUGCUGUACUUUGCUUGGUGGUUGUCUCAGAAAUACAGAAAACUUUUUUUAUUAAGAAAGUCAUAGUUCAUGGAAGAGCCAUGUAAUAAAAACUAUUAAGCUGAAAAGAGAUUUUAAAAGCCAUAAUUCCUCUAAUCAGAAUUAAUCCUUGUAUCACUUUUACAGCUAUCUAGUCUUUUUUGUGUGUAUAUUUAUAAUAAUGAUUAUCAUUGGAUUUUUUUUUUCAUUUCUUACAUGAAAUGUAUGCCCCCGGGUUGGGGAAAUGUAAUCUGGAAUUAAAUACUAGCUUUAAAACUUAUGGCUUUGGUGUUUUGGGCUGUUCAGAUAUUGACCAACUGGAAAAGAAUCUUGAAAAUACCUGGCUAUGUUUAUUCAA